AUGUUGCAGUUUGGACAUUUGGACCCAACACGACGAUUUCGCUUUCUACCAACCAACGCUCCUCUGGGCAACAUGACCAGAUUGUCGCUCGAGGACUUUGACAGGCACAUUGAGAGCCUACGCGCGCAGCUACAGUUCCUGAAUGAGUCUCUUGAAGGCACAGAUCACAAUGCCCCCGACUGGCUGGCCACAGAUCUCUUAUCGCUACGGAACAAGUCGGGAAGGCUACAUGACGACAUGAAGCGCUUUCGAGACGAGUUGGACAGGCAGGGUCUGGCCGAGAAAAAGGCAAAAACCUCGCAAAAACGACUCAGUAUAGAAGGCUCAAAAGCGGCACGAUCUAGCCCAAUCUCGCAACCCUCCACCACCCGAAAAUCAGCCAUCUCUCCCCCUGUCGAUCAAAGUCCCACACCAAAGGGCAAACCCACGCAAAAUGCGGAUGAGUAUGUCGUCCAACACAUCGAUGUCACAGAGGAAGUCAAUCGGAGAUUGCGCGAAAGUCGUCUGCGGCGCCUCAUGGAGACACCAAGGACGGCACAGAAACGAAAGUACAACGCGUUCGACGAACCGCGGUCUGAAAGCGCUACAGAGACAGACGAUGAGGCAGGAUCAAGGGGAGGGUACAGUGGCAGCGAGUAUGAAAGAACGCCAACAAAGCGUCUGAAGAGCACUGGGGCAUUCGAGCAGACAGGGAAGCGCAAAGAUAAUGGCCAUGCAGCAGCGGGGACGAAUGAACAGCAUCAAGAUCGAUCGAGCUUCAAAAGAAGGAAAGUCUAA